AAAAUUCAGAACAACUUUCCCAACCUGAGUCUUUAGAAAAAUAUAUAAAUGCUUUUCCACCUUGCUUGACAAGUUUUUUUGGUGGAAUGGUUGAAACAAUAAAUAUUAAAAAGCAGCUUCAACGUAGAAAUCAAAUCCCUGACCCUAACAAUAAUCAAACAAUAAAGACAACAGCUUUUCUUUCAUCUGUAGUCAUAACCAAUGCAUUCAAAAAAAGAAAGAUUUGGAUUACCCAAAUUUUAGCAACCUUAUGCCGCAAACCCAAGUUAUUAAGCUCUUUGUAUCAGGUGCUUUUAGCUGGUGGUGUACUUCCUCACACAUUAAGACAUGAGCGUCGCUGUGAAGAUGAAUUGAUGAUGGCUGCAGAUCCAAGGAAAAAUUUAGUUUAUGGACCUACAAUAUGGAGUGUUGGUGUAAUUGAUAAUAUUGAUUUCAAAGAAUCUACUUUUUUUUCAGGAAAUAUAUUUGAUGCAACUAGAAAUUCUUUACAUGCAAUAGCCCGAAUAAGUAUCCAACUCGACUUGCAAGAACCUUUGGAUGGUAUCAUGAAAAGAUCACCAAUGUGGCCAAGAACAAUUGAUAACUUGUUUGGACCUUCUGAAUUUAUUGAAGAAUGGAAUAAUAAAAAAAAUUGUAUUUUUUCUGAAUUAUUAAAAACACAUGAAAAAAAUUUAGAUGCACAUCAUAUACAUGAUGAAAUUACCAACUAUUCUUUAGAAAAUUCUACAAUUGUCAAGACCACACCUAAUGUUGUAAUACUUAAAGCAGGUCCUGCAGCUAAUUGUGAUAGAAAUGUUUUUGCUACAUGCGACCUGUUUAAAGAGGAUCUUCUUUCUGAUGAAGCUGAAUUUCAAAAUAGGUACAAUAAACGUCUUGAUCUAGUUGCAGAUGAAGCUAUUUUUCAAAGACUUGUACGUUACAAUAAAGACCACCCAGAG